AUGUUGAGGCUUGCGAGCGACCAGAAGGCGACCAAGAAACGAGGAAUGGCCGAAGGAAAGAAGCGGCUCCAGGGCUUGAAGAACAAGCUAUGGGGCUUGAGUCGCUCCUCAACAGAUUUCCAGGCCCCAGGCGGGUUGCGAGGAGAGCUGUCCGUCACCAUCAUCGCUGCUGAUGGGCUCCCGACCUCCAGCGGAUCAUCGUCCCCAUACGACCCAUACUGCGUCGUCCACAUCGUCUCUCCAGGAGGCGGCCGAUCGAAGGGAUUCAAGACUGGUGUGAGGAAGCGGACAGCGUCGCCGCAGUGGCAUGAAGACCUCGAUUUGCCAGACGUUGAGAGUGGGGAAGCACUGGAACUCAGUGUGAGGCAUUGGAGCCGACUGGGGAAGACGAAAACGAUCGCCCGGGCUGUGGUGGACAUGCACACACUCAUUGAUGGUGAGGCACACUACAUGACGCUCGAGCUCUCCCCAAAAGGGCGACUGCACCUGUGCAUCACCUUCCUGGACAUGUCUUCGCUCUUUGGACUGCCCAUCGAAGACGUCUGCAGGCGAGAAGGCCGCUCGAUCCCGAAGAUAGUGACACGUUGCGUCAAGGAGAUUGAGGAGAGAGGACUCGAGGAGUUGGGGCUGUAUCGUGUGGCGGGAAACGCGCGCAUUCUACGGCACUUGAAGGAGCAGUUUAAUGACGACCCACAGACAGCAUGUUUGGACGGGGACGCUGUGCCAAAUGUGAGCACAGUUGCGUCGCUGCUCAAAGCGUAUCUUCGCGAGCUGCCCGAGCCGCUAUUCACGUCAGACUUGUAUCCCAUGUUCAUGGAGGCAGCAGGGAAGCAGGUCACACACGCCGCACGCCUCCGUUUCCUACAAGGAACGAUUAUGGCACUUCCAAAGGCAAACUAUGACACAGCCGUGUACCUGUUGGACCACUGGACACAUGUACUGUCGUUUUCCGGCGCCAACAAGAUGACGUCUCCAAGUCUCGCCACGUGUCUUGGCCCUUCGCUCUUCACCCCAGCAGAGACGGACGAGCGGGCAAUGGAGGCGUACAGCGUCGAGCGGCAAAACGCCGUCACACAAUAUCUAUUGGACCACUGGGCGGAGCUGCGCCAGGAACUGACACCGCCAGACAUCCCGCCCGAGGACUGCAUCGACGUCUUCCUCAAGUCGCCGCCACGAUUACCGGUGCCGACGAUCACUCACGACACAGAUGGAACGGAUUUGGAGGGACCGCUCAUAUCGCCAACCGAGGAGCUGUCCAGGAAAGCACUCGAGCUGCGGCAGUCCCACGGCGGUGACGUUGCUUCAGUCCUUGAAUUCAUGGGCAUUGAUCCCGACAGCGACGCAGAUCCGCUGAGCAGCAGCGAGAUGUCUGCCGACAGUCUAACGCAGAUGUUGCGCAAGAGCAUGAUGCGCGAAUCCAUGUCAACAGCGCGAUGCAGAUCGAUGGCACAGCAACGGCGGUCGCGAAAAUCACCUGCGCCCGUACACGCGCACGUGCAGAUGGGCAACGCUCUCUUUGGCACACACGCAGACACACAGCCGGAGCAUCUCACGGCGAGGGAGUUUCGGGAGCUGUGCUAUGAGCUCGGCCUCUUCAUCGCCAAUGAUGACAUCUUCCUCAGUGUGGCGAAUCAGCAGCGGUACAUGUCCCGCAAGCAGUUUGUUGCGUGGUGGCGGUCUGAGGGGGCGUUUCUCAACGCCGUCUACGCAACCAAAUCACGCCGCCGCCUCUUCACACAGGCCGUCGCGUACUUCCAGUUCUACGACGUGCAGCGAGCAGGCGUCUUGGAUGGCCCGAGCUUCAAGCUGCUACACCUGGAUCUAGUUGGCCAUUCCUACGCCAACGUGCACCCAGACCCGGCCGUCUGUUACUGCCAGCUCAAGCAAAUUCGCCCCGCAGAUCCAAUCCCAAAGCCCUGGUCAUGCUCUUUCAAUGAGUUUGUUGCUUGGCUGUUGAGGAUUGAUGCGUUGUCGGAAGGCGACACAACGCUCCACACCAGUCAAACCCCGUCUGUAACAUCUGUGCCCGCUUAUGGCGAGGUUUAG